AUGUGCAAGGUACAGCUCCUGGUCUGCUCGGUGCUCGCGCUGGCCCUGCUGGCCUGCAGCGUACCCACCGCCCGCCUGGCCCGGGACUCGGAGCAGCACCUGGAGCAGCUGCUGCUGGACCUGAAGAAGCUGAAGCUGGGCGUCGAGAAUCACAAGGGCUCCACACUCGCCACGAUGCUCAGAUUCCCCUUCUACCUGCCCAAGGAGGCCACAGAACUGAAGCACUUCCAGUGUCUGGUAGGAGAACUCAAACCUCUGGGGGAAGUGCUGUCCCUGGCUGAGUGCAGACACAUCAGCGAGCUGAUGAGCAACAUCAACGCGACUGUCCUGGAGCUGAAGGGGUCUGGGCCCACACUCCCCUGCGACUACGAGGAGGAGGCAGUGAGCGUCCUGCAGCUGCUGGCCAAGUGGAUCAGCAUCUGUCAGAGCAUCUACUCACGGCUGACCUGA